AUGUCGACGCGGUCCUACCAGGAUGCUGUCGAGCAUCUUAACUCUCUGCAGUCGAAUGCAGCAACACUCGAGGCUGUUCGAGCCUCGGGAGGACGCCUGAGCGAGUUCGCCAUUCCUGAAAUGCUGGAAUACCUGGACAGAAUCGGAUACACUCCUAGCCAACUGAACGCACUGAACGUUAUCCAUAUCACCGGCACGAAGGGCAAGGGAUCCACGAGUGCUUUUACAGAAUCAAUUAUUCGUCAUAGCAAACCAGAAUGGAAAACUGGUUUAUAUACCUCUCCGCAUCUCGUAGCUGUUCGCGAAAGGAUCAGAAUCGAUGGAGUUCCUAUCUCGGAAUCCGACUUCGCAAAAUACUUCUUUGAAAUAUGGGAUCGCUUAGUUGCUAACCAGAAUGCAGGCAAAGUUCCAACCACACCGCCGAUGCCGGGCUACUUCAGAUUCAUCACCCUCAUGGCAUUUCACGUAUUCUUGGAAUUGAAAGUUGAUGCUACUAUCCUCGAAGUUGGCGUUGGCGGCGCCUACGAUAGCACAAAUGUUGUGCCUGCACCGAUCGUCACUGGGAUUACGGUUUUGGGCAUUGACCACGUUUUUGUCCUUGGGAAAACCAUCAGUGAAAUUGCAUGGCAGAAGGGAGGUAUACUUAAGAAAGGUGUUCCUGCCUUAACUGUCGCGCAGCCCGUUGAUGCUAUGAAAGUUCUGGAAUCGAGAGCAGAGGAAUUGAAGGCGAGCAAACUGAGUGUGGUAUCAGCUAACUCCGAGCUGUCUACACUGAAGUUAGGGCUCGCCGGUUCACAUCAGGUCCAGAAUGCUAUUUUGGCUGUCGAACUGGCCAGAAGCUUCUUGGAAAAGCAAACAGGUGUGGCGCAAGACACUAUCCUCCCCAUAUCUUUUCAGACUGGUUUGGUAAAUACAAGAUGGCCCGGACGGUGUCAGACAGUUGUAGACCCUAAACGCCUGAGAUCUACCUGGUAUCUCGACGGAGCGCAUACUGUGGAGAGUCUAGAGUGCUGUAUGCAGUGGUUUGUGAGCCCUGGUGUAGGUAUACCGCUGCAGAAAGCAGCUGAUUUAAGCACCUCAACGAGGGUUCUUAUCUUCAAUUGCACGAGCGGCCGUUCAGGAGAGAGCUUCCUUGGCAGGAUGAUCGAAACCACGCGUUUGCGACUCGCAUUGCACAAAGGGGAGAAGGACGCAGUCUUGUUUAAUCAUGUCAUCUUUUGCACCAACGUCACAUAUGCCGAUGGUCACUUCAAGGGUGACCUCACAACCAAGGCCAUUGCCGACUCAGACCUUGCAGGAUUGAAAACUCAGCAAGCGUUGGCUUCAGCUUGGUCUUCGCUUGCUCCAUCGUAUCCCAAGUCUCACAUCCACGUCUUGCCCUCAAUCGAGCACGCCGUCAAGGAAGUUGAGAACAUUCAGUCUACCACUAACAAUCAUGUCCAGACACUGGUGACAGGAAGCCUGCAUCUUGUGGGCGGUAUUAUUGAGGUUGCUGGGCUCUCCGAGGUUGCUUUGUGA